AUGGCCAUACACGAGAUGAAAGCCUCGUGUCUAGCCAUCAUCUCAUCGUGGACUGCCCCAACUCAGAAGCAUAUCCUCAAAGGUCGAUAUCCGUUUCAGAUCCCAGACGUCAACACCUUCAAGGCGAAAAGUGGAAUAAUGGCAAAACUCUCAUCUGCUCAUGAAAAGCCUCAACUCCUGAGCGCCGCCAAUCUGACAUUGAUGCGCAUCUCCGAGGCCUGCAGACCUCCACCAAACCGCGGGCGCAUAAUCAUGUCGCAGAAUAGCGGUCUGGGCCUUUUGACUGCCAAUAGAGCAAGCUGGCACGUCACGGGAUAUUGCGUCUAA